CUUGACCCUGUAAUGUAGCUACUAGCUUCUCUCACAGAUUAGUAUAUAAGCUGAGCAUAAUAUGACAUGAUUUAGUGUAUAAGUUGAUGCAUUUAAAGAAGAUGGCAUUGUUUUUUCUGUUUAUUCAUCUCCUGAGUUUGCAUGCCUUUUUGUGCACAUCGCAAUCUCAGAGUAAUCCCCAGAGGAAAAAUACGACAUUUCAAGUCGGGGUGCUUCUUGAUUUGGAUUCAGCAAUAGGAAGCAGUGGCUUAAGCUACUUGAAAAUGGCACUUUCUGAUUUUUAUGAAAUUCAUACAAACUAUUCUACCAGGCUUGCUCUCCAUGUUGAGGACCCAAAGGGACAUGUCGUUGAUUCUGCUGCUUUAGCUCUGAAACUUCUGAAAGAGGUAAAGGUAGAUGCAAUAAUUGGUCCACAGAAGUCUUCACAAGCCAGUUUUGUGCUAGAUCUUGGCGAUAGAGCCCAUGUACCAGUCAUUUCUUUUUCUGCAACAAGCCCUUCUCUACGUCGCAGGACUCCAUACUUCAUUCAAACAGCUCAAAGUGAUGCUACUCAAGUAGGAGCCAUUGCUUCUAUAGUGAAAAAAUUUCAGUGGAGAGAAGCAGUAGUUAUAUUUGAAGAUACAGAUUAUGGGCAUGGAAUGAUUCCAUAUCUAGCUAAUGAAUUUUAUGAUAAUGAUGUGCGGAUUUCAUACAGAAGCAUCAUUCCUCUUCAGCCAACUGAGGAUUUUAUUCUAAAAGAGCUAUAUAAGAUGAUGACUAUGCAGACAAGAGUGUUUGUGGUGCAUAUGUCGCGUGCUCUUGCUGUUCGCCUCUUUCUGAAAGCACAGGAAAUAGGAAUGAUGAGUGAAGGUUAUGCAUGGAUUGUUUCUAGUGGUAUAAUGGAUAUGAUCUCCUCACUGGACUCGCAUAUAUUGGAAUCAAUGCAAGGUGUACUGGGAGUCAGACCUCAGAUUCCAGAGUCAGAAAAUCUUGAUUCUUUCUCUUACAGGUUAGGAAGAUUCUCUGAGAACGCGUCAAAUAUCAAGCAAAAAACAAAUCUAAGCUUCACUGGUUUAUGGGCAUACGACACUCUCUGGGCACUUGCAUUAGCUGCAGAGCGAGUUGGAUAUACCAACUCAAUUUCUGAAUAUAAUCCAAGUCAUUUAAAUUCAACAAACCUAUUUGAUUUUGAAACCUCUGAAACGGGUCCUAAAAUUCUCAGAGAAAUGUUGGUGACGAGGUUCAGAGGACUCAGCGGUGAGUUCAGUCUUGUUAAUGGACAAGUAGAGCCUGCAUCAUACCAGAUACUCAAUGUAGUAGGAGGGGAGGCCAGAGAAGUAGGAACCUGGUCUCCGAGCCAUGGUUUAUCUAGGACGCUGAAGAAAAAUGGUAAAACUUAUCAAGUUCCGAAUGAUCUUGGGGGCAUCAUAUGGCCAGGAGAAUCAACACAUCCUCCCAGGGGAUGGGAAAUUCAUGUUGGAGGAAAGAAGCUAAAAAUUGGAGUUCCAGUCAAAGAUGGUUUCACAGAAUUUUUACGUGCAGAAAGAGACCUUCAAACCAAUACAACCAAAGCUAGUGGACACUACAUUGAUCUGUUUGAUUCUGUCAUCAAAGCAUUGCCCUAUUCAGUCCAAUAUGAGUAUGUUCCUUUUCUGAUUGGAAUUGAUGGAACUUACAAUGAUUUUGUGCAUCAAGUCUUUCUUGAGAAAUUCGAUGCUGCUGUGGGAGAUAUUACAAUCACUACAAAUAGAUCACUGUAUGUAGACUUCACAAUGCCUAUAUCAGAAGGAGGAGUUUCUAUGAUUGUUCCGAUCACAUACGAGGAUUCAAAUAACAAAUGGACGUUCUUAAAGCCCCUUAAGAAGGAUCUGUGGUUAACCAGCAUUGCAUUCUUCAUCUUCACCGGUUUUGCUGUUUGGGUUCUUGAACACCGGAUAAAUACUGCUUUCAGAGGUCCGCCUUCCCAGCAUGUCGGCAUGAUCUGUUGGUUCCCCUUGUCCACCGUAGUGUUUGCUCACAGAGAGAAAAUAAUGAGCAACUUUGCCCGUCUGGUUGUUGUGGUCUGGAUAUUUGUGGUGCUCAUUUUAAGCUCCACUUAUACUGCUAGUUUAUCAUCAAGAUUGACAGUACAGAGGCUCCGACCAAGUUACACAGAUGUGGAGGAGCUUAUUAAGAACGGAAACUACGUUGGCUAUCAAGCAGGAUCAUUUAUCCCCGGCCUCUUGAAAAGUUUGGGUUUUGAAGAAACGAAGAUGAAAUCUUACAGGUUUGCCGAAGAAUGCAGUGAAGCUCUGACUAAAGGAAGUAAACAGGGAGGCAUAUCAGCAUUUUUCGAUGUCACACCCCAUGCCAAGCUCUUUGUAUCCAAAUACUGCAACAAGUUCAUGGAAGUUGGACCAACUUACCGAACAGAUGGAUUUGCAUUCGUUUUUCGGAAAGGAUCACCUUUAGUUGCUGAUGUCUCGCGAGCCAUAAUCAGUGUUACAGAAGGUAAGAAGAUAUCUAUAAUUGAUCCAGUGUGUCCAGAAUCAGGAAGCAAUAUGGGAUCCAACAGUGUGAGCUUGGAAAGCUUUGAAGGCCUGUUUGCAAUCACUGGAAGUGUCACAGCAACAUGCCUUGCUGUAUUCUUGUUUCUUUACCUAUACAAGAACAGACUGUUUCUUCAAAGAAUUGUUGCGAAUUCAAGCUCAACUACUUGGUCAAAAAUCUGUGCAGUAUGCAGACAUUUUGACAACAGAGAUCUUUCUUCUUUUCCUUUUAGCCGGAGUACUCAUGACAGCAAGUUUCGACUUGACAAUGGUAGCACCUUGUCGCCUUCAACUGCGGAUUUGGCAACGAGUUCUCAUGUACAGCUAGCAACUCGUCCAAUACCAGUGGCAACUGAAGGUGCUAACCAUGAGAUUACUCCGCCAAACCCUCAAGAUGUUGUAUGAGAAACUAAACUAUUUGUUCAUCUUAGUUUACCCUUAACUACCUAUCAGUGUUUAUCUUGUCUAACCGCAGUAGAAUCAUGGCAGUACUACUUUUUUUUGAGGUUUUUUGUUUUUAUUUAUUUUGGUUUUUCUCUUCUCUCAUUGAUUUGUAGACUCUGGAUUUGUAUAUAUGAGGCUCCAUAUGUUCUUAAACUUGCAUA